AUGUGGGCCAUCCAGCAGGGGGAGAGCCCUGUGGUGGCAGUCAUGCCCACUGGCAGGGGGAAGAGCAUGCUGUUCAUGGUGCCUGUGUUUGCCGCCCCCGGGGGCACCACCAUCAUUGUGGUCCCGCUGGUGGCAUUACAGGCUGAUAUGAUACAGCGGUGUCAGGAGCUCAGCAUAUUAUGCAUGCCAUGGGAGAGCCAGCGGCCCCCCAAUGCCGCAUCUAUUGUGUUGGUGACGCCCGAAUCCACAGUCAGCCCUGAUUUCCAGAUGUUUUUGAACCGGCUGCGGUGGACCCGGCGGUUAGACUAG